UAUAGAAACACGACACAACGACCGUGUGUGUGUCUGUGUGUGUACAUCCGUCAGGCCAACCAGAACCAGCUGCAAAACAAAACCUAACAGUGUUUAAACAUACGGCGAAUCGUGUAAGCGAAACGAUGUCAUUUCCACUGAGUACGACCGCCAGCCAACAGAGCAAAAACGUUUAGUUGAAAGUAGACAUUUCGGCUAAGUUGACGUGUUUUCACAGAACGUGCGGAAACGUUUUGUGUUGUGUUCUCAUGGAAAUUUUGUGUGUGAAUUAGAAUUUUUGACAAGUGGAAAUAUUUUUGGAAAAAAUUUGAAAAAAAAAAAAAACAAAGGAAACCUGGCGAAAAAAAAUGUUCGAAAAAAUAUAUUUUUUAAAGAAAACAAAAUCGAAUUGAAAAUCGUAUUUAAUAUUGUGUGGCAUCGUCUUUGGCUCGUCAAACAAUUUCGGCACGCGAGUGUUAAUACGGCAUUAAUAUUGCAUAGGGCAUAUAUUGUUGUGGCAUACUUUUGGGCGAGUGUUAGGAAGGCAAACACAUUUCUGGGCAAAACCCUUAAAUAUUCAAAAGAAAAUUAAAUUUUAAAGUGUCAAAAAAGAAUAAAGCGGAAAAUAACAAUUAAAAAAAUAAAUAAAUAAAUAAAAAUUUAUGGCCGUUAAACCCUAAACAAAAAAAUCCAAUAAAUUUACACUUAAGCUUGUAGUUUAUGGCCACAAAUAAGAAAAGUGAAAACCCCACUAAACCAAACAAAAACAACGAUUAACAGAGCGAGAAAAAAUAAAAUUCGAGGCGUUUGAAUAACGAAAACCUCAACAUAAAAAAUAUACAAUCCUAACCAGCUCAAAAGGUAUCCUUGGAGGAGUUAAAAUAAGCAAAACCCCAAAAACCAUAGCAUACCAUAAGGCGUAUUUACUUUGUCUGUGAGUGUUUGUGAGUGAGCGCGGCUGUGUGCCGAAAACCGAUUUGCAAAAACAACAACGCCGCCACAGCCACAUGAAAAAUCUUAACUAAAUAGACCAAUUUUUUCCUUUCUUGUGGUUUUUCGCUCUAUAUUUUCUCCUCUUCAAAGUACGUGAGCUAAAAGCAGGCAGGCAGCAAGCAAGCAAAGCGCCGAACAUUGUUUGGUGUAAAAAGCAAACACACAGAAACAUUGAGUAAGGACCUCAAAUCAACAAGAAAGGAUAACAAAUGUUCGAGUACAGCAACAACAACAAUAGCAACUAGAACAGCUUUCAUUUCAAAUCAAAUAACAUUUAAUUGAAACCACGCUCAAAGGCAAUUCAGAAAAGCAUCAACUCAACAACAAGUGAUUUCUUAAAACAGCUACAGACUUUAGGUUGCAACAUCCGUUCGUUUCCAUUAUAAAGUAUAAAAAAUUCACCCACAAAAAUAAGUAACUUUUUAAUGAACAUAAAAGAGAAUGUAAACAAGACCUUAAAACUAUGAAAAAAAUGCCUUCCUUCAUAAUAAAGAAAUCUAAUUAGUAACAAAAUCAACAAAAUAUAAAAAUUAAAACACAGACGGAAGAGCAGAACAUCAUCAACAACACAAUACCAAAGGCACUCGAGAGGAAGCGAAAAAAAAAACUUUAAUUUAUAGGAUAUAUAUAAACAAAAAUCAUAUACACUUUUUGUAAUUGUUGUUGCUGUUUGGUCAAUUCUUUGCACAAUAUUCCGCCACUUGAAAAUUCCAACAGAACAAUGCCUUUAAUUGUACAACGGCAGCAGCAACAACAGCAACCACAUCACUGCAUACUUCAGGGCUCUCAACAGCAAAUGCAACAACGCCAGCACACAGAAGAAGACGCUGAGGCAUUUGAAGUGGAAGAAAAUUGUACAUGUGCAGCAACAACAAAAACAACAGCAACUUUAGCUAAUAAUAAAAAUACAAACCAAACCAUUAUAGAAACAGCCACCGCCACAGCCAGUGCUACAGCCACAUCCUCCUACAUUAACAAAAACAACAGCAGAAUGAAUCAAAUGCCUUUUAAGCGUGCUGCUGCUCAUGUUCACAACAUUCCAAAAGUUGUUGCCGAUGAUGUUGUUGUUGUUGGUAUGAGUAAAUGCUCCAGCAUUGCCAUGGAUAGCCACAGCAGCACCAUCACACCAAUUAUUGCAGGAGGCAAUAGUAAAAUGCAAACUGAACUUUCUUUUUAUGGUGCUGGCAUUCGAACAUCAACAGAAUUAUUGCCAACACCAGCAGCAGCAAUACCAUCACCACUACCACCAUCAACAUCGUCCCCAUCAUCGUCACAGGCCAUAAUAUCGUCAACAUCGUCGUUUUUCGCUGGCAUUUUGGCAUCCAGCAUAACCAAUACCGCCAUUACAACUUCUACCACCACUUCACAGCGCACGGCAACACAUUCGACAUUAGCAGCACCAGCAGCUGCAUCUCUCGCCUCGCCAUUGUUGUCCUCAUCAUCGGCGUUGUUGUUGCUGUCGUAUUCGGAAGUGAAGAAGUAUUGCCGGCGUUUUUUAACUGUAAUUAGUCUCAUUUGUUUGCUGCACUCGUGUCUGUUGUGGAAUACCGCCGAAGCUGCCAUUUCAAAUCGAGCCACUAAUCUACGGCCGCUUAGCAAUUCGCCACAGACUAUAGCUGGCAACCAGCCACGUUUUCUAUCGCGAGGACAUACAUAUCGUGCUGUUGUGGGUGAUACAUUGGUGCUGCCAUGUCAAGUGGAGAAUUUAGGAAACUUUGUGUUAUUGUGGCGUCGUGGUAUUAAUGUUCUCACAGCCUCCAACAUAAUGGUGACAAGGGAUGAACGCAUAAGACUGAUAGAUGGUUAUAACUUAGAGAUAUCCGAUUUGGAGCCACAAGAUGCCGGUGAUUAUGUGUGUCAAAUUAGUGACAAAGUAAAUCGUGAUCAAGUGCAUACAGUGGAAAUAUUGGUACCACCCAGUGUUCGUGCCACCCCAACUUCGGGCAAUUUACAAGCUCGUAAGGGUGGACCAGUCACAAUGGAGUGCAAAGGAUCCGGUAAUCCAGUGCCAUCUAUCUAUUGGACGAAAAAGAGUGGUGCUGGCAAAUCAACUGCUCGCAUUGGCGAUGGUCCAAUUUUGACACUGGAAAAAGUUGAACGUCAACAGGCCGGCAUUUAUCAGUGUACCGCAGAUAAUGGUGUUGGAGAACCAGUUAGUGUGGACAUCAGAUUGGAUGUUUUGUAUCCCCCAGACAUUCAAGUGGAAAAAUCAUGGAUACAUUCCGGCGAAGGCUUUGAGGCGAAAUUAGUGUGUAUCGUGUAUGCGGAUCCAAUUGCGUCGGUUUCAUGGUAUCAAAAUUCAUUUUUGAUACAGUCAACUGAUAGGCGCAUUAUGUCAUCGAGAGGAAAUCGUCACACCUUAACCAUACGGCACAUUCAACAAGAAGAUUUUGGCAACUACAGCUGUGUUGCGGACAACACAUUGGGUCGUUCACGUAAAUAUAUGGAAUUAUCUGGACGCCCUGGCCCAGCUGAGUUCUAUUCACCCAAAUGGGGUCGUUCGUCGGACAGCUAUAAUCUUACAUGGAAAAUUGAUAGUUAUCCACCAUUGGAGGAAGUUCGUCUACUUUACAGGCGUGUUUUGAUGAAUGAUACAUACCAACAACCCGGCAGAUGGCACGAUUUUAUUCUUACACCGGAACACCGUCCAGCCUCGGAACCGUUAACUCACAUCAUGUCGUACACAAUAAAAAAUCUGGUACCGGGAGCAUAUUAUGAAGCGAUUGUACAGGCUAAAAAUCGUUAUGGCUGGAAUGAGGUGAGCGACAUAUUCCAAUUUAUUGUAGCCAGCAAUAGCAUGGAUAUACCACCCGAGGAAUCGGAGGUGGUGGCCAGCUCAAAGUCGCGUAGUAAUGCAGCAAGUCCCACACAACAGCUGCCAUCAAAGGUUGCAGUAAUGCUUAACGCUAUCAUCAUCUUAGCUCUGAGUUGUCUCUAUGGUGUUAGGCGUGAAUUUAGUUUGGGAUAAGUUCGAAAAUUUAAUGAAAAGCCAUGAAUAUCCUAAAACGAUUUUCCCAGGUCAAAACAACAACACAAACCCGUCACAUAAAAACAACAACAACAGAAAUAAAAACAAAAUCCUUAUACUUUAGUGUUCAAAGGACCUUUAGAUAUAUAAAUUGUACACCUACUCUGUCACACACACAUCCUUACAUUGUAAUGUAUUUAAACUCUGUGUUAAUUGAUAUUGAUUUUAUGAGAAACGAAGAAAAAGAAAAACAAACUACAACAAAGACAUUUUAAUUUUAAACUGUGUUUUUUCUUCUACUUUUAAUUUAUUUAUAUAUAUCUAUAAAUCUCCAUUAUUUCCACCAUGUAAAGCAACCAAUGUUUCACUACAACAACCUACAACACAUAGAUUUUAAUUAAGUUUAAGAUUUACAAACAUACAUAGUCAUAGAUCUCCCAUUUGAAAACGAGAAACUAAGUUAAUUAGUAUAAGCAAAACAAAAACAAAAAAAUAAUAUGUUUUAAAGUUAUUUGAAAAAUUUUAAUUUGUAUUUAAUUUUGGGGCAAAAGAAAAAUGUGAACUCGAAAAAAAAAAACACAUAACCAAAAAUAAAAUAUUUAAUAAAUAUUCCA